AUGACAACAACUGCGAAUCGUCCAAUAUUUGCUGCAUUAUCUGCUGAUGAUGCUGAAAGUCAAUUGACCGAAAUGGAAUCCCUUUGUAUGAAUUGUUAUGCAAAAGGAAAUACACGCCUAUUACUAACACGUAUUCCAUAUUAUAAAGAAGUUAUACUCAGUUCAUUUGAAUGCGAUUCAUGUCAUUUCAAAAAUAAUGAUAUUCAACCAGCACAACGUAUCGAACCCUACGGAAUAUUAAUUAAUGUUCAGAUUCUUGAUAGUAAAGAUCUCAAUCGACAAAUUGUUAAAUCAUCCUACGGAACAAUUCGGAUAAAAGAAUUAGAUUUUGAACAAGCUUCAUCUGGUGAAAACGGUCUUUUAACAACAAUCGAAGGAUUUUUUGAUUCGAUUAUUGAAAAUAUAAAUAACACAAUGAAACAAAUCACAGAAACAAUAGAUGAACUUAAUAAAAAAUCAAAGGAAAGUUCUAUUGAUGAUAAUGAUAAACAAACAAUUUCUCAAUUUGAACAACAAAAAGAAAAGUUAUAUGAAUUUAUCAAUCGUGUUGAAUCAUUGAAAAAUUUAUCACAAACAUUUCAUUUUGAAGUUGAUGAUCCAAGUGGUAAUAGUUUUAUUGAAAAUCCAAAAGCACCAUAUCGCGACGAACAAAUGAAAAUAAAAAGAUAUCGGCGAACAGUAGAACAGGACAAAAGUUUAGGUAUGGAAGAAGAAAUAAAAGACGAUACAUCUAAAUUGGAAGAACCUGCAAAUAUAAAAGAUGAAGUGCUUAAUUUUCAAACAAAUUGUCCAACUUGUGAUUCAGCAUGUGAUACACAUAUGAAAGUAACAGAAAUUCCAUAUUUCAAAGAAGUUAUUGUUAUGGCAACAUCAUGCGAUGUUUGUGGACAUAAAUCGAAUGAAGUUAAAUCUGGUACCGGUAUUGCACCUCAAGGCAUUCGAUAUCGUUUGAUUAUGAAUGAUCCAAUUGAUUUAAAUCGAGACAUAUUAGUUUCUGAAACAUCAUCGUUUUCUAUACCUGAUCUCGAUUUUGAAUUAUCAGAAUCAAGAUCAAUUGGUGGACGAUUUACUACAGUUGAAGGAAUACUUACAACAUUAAAAUCUGAAUUAUCAAGUUUGGUAAUGCCAUUUAGUUGUGGAGAUAGCCAUGAUUCAAAAAGUGAUAAAAAUUACAUGAAAUUAUUCGUUGACGAUAUUGCAGCUAUAAUUGCUGGUGAAAAAUUUGUCACAAUCGUCUUAGAUGAUCCAGCUGGUAAUUGUUAUUUACAAAAUAUUUGUGCGCCUGAACCCGAUCCACAAUUAGUUGUUGAACAUUAUCCACGUUCAGAUGACCAAGAUGAUUUAUUGGGAAUAAAAGAUAUGAAACUGGAAAAUUAUUCAGCAGAUUCUUGA